AUGUCUCGAUCACGUGUCACUUCUAGCUUACCUGAUGGUCUUUCACCCGAAUACUGGUCGACAUGGACACCGAUAAGGAAGGGAGCAAGUGUCUCCGAAUCUGUUGAUAGAAAUGUCGGAGAAGAGUGGAUAGGUGGAUGGGAUGGUAUAGGUCUGUACGAGGGGAACAGCAAAGUCCCAUCGUAUCAAACCCUCUAUGUCCACUUGACGAACCAACGUCUAAUCCUUAUACCUGAAUACACCGCCGCCUCGUCCUCAUCGUCAUCGCCUUCUACAAUGGUACCAUCUCUUCAAUGUCAUCUAAGUCAUGUCAGACAGACGGAAUUCUACGCUGGAUUCAUGCGUUCUUCAGCUAAAAUAACUUUAACUCUUGGACCAGCCCAACCCCAACAAUCACAAUCACAAUUGCCGACCUCCUCGUCCUCCUCAACCCCGGCGAGCGCGAGUACAUCGACAGAGCCGAACCAGUCGUCCCGGAGUACCGGAUGGACAUGCAAUAUAUGUGGAUACGUCAACCUUCUACAUGCCAAUCGGACAAUACCUUUCCCAGAAUCGAAAUGUGCUUUGUGUGGUAUACCAUAUUCGACAUCAAAGUUAUCCGUCUCUGGACCUCCCUCGAGAUCUACCACUCCAGUACCAUCUACAUCCGCCAGUACCACCACCAGCACCGCAACAGAUCCUCCCCCUGCUGACAUUGUUAGUACCAAAGAUCCUAAUGGGACAGAAGAAGAAGAUUUGGUAUCUUGUCCUGCAUGUACAUUUUUGAAUUCCCCAUUACUACCACAUUGUGAGAUCUGUUCAACUCCCCUCCCGAAGAAAAAACACUCAGCUCAGAAUACUCAAAGUAAUAAACCCGGGAAUGGAUCUCUUGAAGGAAGGAGCAAAGCGGAAACGAAUUUAGUGAGGUUAAGUUUCAGGAGAGGUGGCGAGAAAGAAGUGUAUAAGAGGUUGAAAGCUGUGUUGAGUGAUAAAGCCUGGGAGAGGGGUUUGAAUGGCUCAACGUCAAUUGUAAAGCCAGAAGAUGGAGAUGCGAAUGGAAUUGAGGGUCUUACUAGAUCAGGAGCUGGAAUAGAUGGUAUCUUACAACAGAUUGACCUCAACUCCAAAUCGCAUUCCAACCACAUCUCAGAAGUUUUUGCCGACCUGGAAGCGUUAAUGCUCAGAGCAGGCGAGAUGGUCCGCCUAGCCCAAUCAUUGAAUAGCAAACUUACCACCCAGCUCAACUCCUCUACUACCAAUCAGCCUAAACCGACAGAAGAAGAAACUACGAUGAUUAGGAGUUCGCUCGUUCAACUAGGUCUUACUUCGCCUGCUGUCACCAAGGAGAUGAUUAGGGAUGAACAGAGGUAUCAUCAGAGUCUUGCUAAGGAAUUGGGCGAACUGUUGGCUGGUAGAAAUCGGGAGGGAUUGAUGGUAGGUAGAGAUGGGAGAGGUGUCAUUGCUCUGGAUGAAGUGUGGGGUCUGUGGAUGAGAGCUAGAGGAGUUUCUCUUCUCCCACCUUCCACCCUAAUAUCAAUCCUCCCUUUCCUUCCUCACCACACUUCACCGUCCAUAUCCUCUUUGGUCCUCCCAUCAUCACUUCAGGUCCUUCAUACCCCCACUUACUCCGGUCCAGCAAUUUUAUCGCGCACACUCGAUCGUCUCAAUCCUUCUACAUCCGAUGAAGAGGGAAUAGAGAAAAGUUUCACGUUGUUGGAGUUUGCAAGUAUCGAAUCGUUACCUAUUGGUUUAUCUAGAGAGUUCAUAGAGAUCUUAGAGGAACAGCAUUCAGGUGGUUUGGUCAGGGAUGAUCAAGGUAGUAUGAGUGAAGGUGGGGUGAGGUGGUAUAGGGAUAUCAUCUCAGGUUGGCCUGUCGAAAACAUGUAA